CCUCCUCCCCGCCCCUCGCGUCUCCUCCCCGCGCCACCGGGAAGGACAAGGGGACUGGGCACGGGGACCCCGGCCAGUGAGCGCCCGUGCCCCGGGGCCGCCCUUCGCGCGCGCUCUCCUGCCGCGAGCCGGGGCCGGUCUCGCCUCACAUGGUGCUGGCCGCAGCCAUGAGCCAGGACGCGGACCCCAGCGGCCCCGAGCAACCGGACAGAGAUGCCCGCAACGUGCCCGGUGCCCCGGCGCCUCCAGCGCCGCCGGGCCCGCGAGGGAUGCCGCCGCCGCCGCCGCCGCCGCCGCCCCAAGCCGGCCUACCCCAGAUCAUCCAAAAUGCCGCCAAGCUCCUGGACAAGAACCCCUUCUCGGUCAGUAACCCGAACCCUCUGCUGCCCUCGCCCGCCAGUCUCCAGCUGGCUCAACUGCAAGCCCAGCUCACCCUCCACCGGCUGAAGCUGGCACAGACAGCUGUCACCAGCAACACUGCGGCCGCCACGGUCCUGAACCAAGUCCUCUCCAAAGUGGCCAUGUCCCAGCCUCUCUUCAACCAGCUGAGGCAUCCGUCCAUGAUCAGCGCCCCCCAAAGCCAUACCGGGGUGCCCCAACAUGCUGCAGCCAUGCCCAGUGCCCGCUUUCCCUCGAAUGCAAUUGCCUUCUCACCCCCCGGCCAGACGCGAGGCCCAGGACCCUCUGUGAGCCUUCCCAGCCAGCCUCCCAAUGCCGUGGUGAUGCAUCCUUUCAGCGGGGUCAUGCCUCAGACCCCUGCCCAGCCAGCGGUCAUCUUGGGCCUUGGCAAGCCUGGGCCCACUCCUGCUGCGGCGGGGUUCUACGAGUAUGGCAAAGCCAACUCUGGCCAGACGUAUGGCUCUGAAACAGACGGUCAGCCCAGCUUCCUGCCAGCCUCAGCCUCUACCUCGGGCAGCGUGACCUAUGAAGGGCACUACAGCCACUCAGGGCAAGAUGGCCAAGCUGCCUUUCCCAAGGACUUCUACGGACCCAACUCCCAGGGGUCACACGUGGCGGGCGGAUUUGCCGCUGAGCAGGCCGGGGGCGUGAAAGGCGAGGUAGGUCCGCUGCUGCAGGGUCCAAACAGCCAGUGGGAGAGCCCCCACGGAUUCUCUGGCCAAAGCAAGCCUGACCUUAUGGCAGGCCCCAACCUGUGGCCUCCAGCCCCUAGCCAGCCCUAUGAGCUGUAUGACCCCGAGGAGCCCACCCCAGACAGGACCCCUCCUUCCUUUGGGGGACGGCUAAACAACAGCAAACAGGGUUUCAGCGGUGCCCGGCGGCGGCGGGCCAAGGAGGAGCAGGCGAUGCUGUCCGUGCGGCCCCUGCAGGCUCAGGAGCUGAAUGACUUUCACGGUGUGGCCCCCCUUCACCUGCCACACAUCUGUAGCAUCUGUGACAAGAAGGUGUUUGAUUUGAAGGACUGGGAGCUGCACGUGAAAGGGAAACUACACGCUCAGAAAUGCUUGGUCUUCUCUGAAAACGCCGGUGUCCGGUGUGUACUUGGUUCGGCAGAGGGAACGCUGUGUGCCUCUCCCAACAGCACAGCCAUUUAUAACCCUGCUGGGAAUGAAGAUUAUGCCUCAAAUCUUGGAACAUCCUAUGCGGCCAUUCCAGCAAGACCAUUUGCUCAGUCAAAUCCUACAUUUCCUUCGGCUUCCCCGGGGACAAAUUUUGCACAGCGGAAAAUGGGUGCUGGCCGUGUGGUACACAUCUGUAAUCUCCCUGAAGGAAGCUGCACUGAGAAUGACGUCAUUAACCUGGGGCUGCCCUUUGGAAAGGUCACUAAUUACAUCCUCAUGAAGUCUACUAAUCAGGCCUUUUUGGAGAUGGCUUACACAGAAGCUGCCCAGGCCAUGGUCCAGUAUUACCAAGAAAAAUCUGCUAUGAUCAAUGGUGAGAAGUUGCUCAUUCGGAUGUCCAAGAGAUACAAGGAAUUGCAGCUGAAGAAACCUGGGAAAACCGUGGCUGCCAUCAUCCAGGACAUCCAUUCCCAGAGGGAGAGGGACAUGUUCCGGGAAGCAGACAGAUACGGCCCAGAAAGGCCGCGGUCUCGCAGUCCGGUGAGCCGGUCGCUGUCCCCGAGGUCCCACACUCCGAGCUUCACCUCCUGCAGCUCUUCGCACAGCCCUCCGGGCCCCUCCCGGGCCGACUGGGGCAGCGGCCGGGACUCGUGGGAGCACUCUCCCUACGCCAGGAGGGAGGAGGAGCGAGACCCGGGCCCCUGGAGGGAGAACGGGGAGGACAAGAGGGACAGGACGGACACGUGGGCACACGAUCGCAAACACUAUCCCCGGCCACUAGACAAAGCCGAGGUAGACGAGCGACUGGAAGGAGGGAGGGGCCACCGAGAAAAGCACCCGAGGUCUGGGUCCCCCAGCCCGCUCCACUCGGUGCUGGGCUACAAAAGCCGAGAAGACGGCUACCACCGGAAAGAGCCCAAAGGCAAGGCGGAGAAGUAUCUAAAACAGCAGCAGGACGCCCCCGGCAGGUCCAGGAGAAAAGACGAGGCCAGGCUGCGGGAAAGCAGACACCCCCACCCCGACGACGCGGGCAAGGAGGACGGGCUGGAGCUGAAGGUUAGGGCGCCCGAGAGCGCCAAGUGUAAGCAGAGUGAGAAAAACAGAACCAAGAGACCCGAGAGAGACCAAGAAGGAGCUGAUGACAGAAGAGAAAACAGAAUGGCAGAGAGUGAGGCUGGAAAAGAGGAACAGGAGGGCAUGGAAGAAAGCCCCCCGUCAGCGGGCAGGCAGGAGAAAGACACAGAGUCCUCUGACCCAGAAAACACAAGGACAAAGAAGGAGCAAGAUUGGGAGAGUGGAAGUGAGGCCGACGGGGAGAGCUGGUACCCCACGAACAUGGAGGAGCUGGUUACAGUGGACGAGGUGGGGGAGGAAGAAGAUUUUAUCAUGGAACCGGACAUCCCAGAGCUGGAAGAAAUUGAACCCAUUGACCAGAAGGACAAAAUCUGCCCAGAAACGUGUCCCUGCCUGACGACCGCCUUACACCUGGACUUAGCCAAGGAUUUCUCCCAGGAGGAAGUUAAGACCAUGGGUAAUGGGGCUACAGAAAUCAGCCUCAAGUCACCCAAAGAACUUCCUUCUGCCUCCAUGAGCUGUCCCAGUGACAUGGACGUGGAAAUGCCUGGCCUAAAUCUGGAUGCUGAGCGGAAGCCAGCUGAAUGCGAGACAGGCUUCUCGCUGGAGGGUUCAGGUUGCUACGAGAAGCAGGCAAAGGGAGCAGAGAGCUCAGAUGUUCAUCUGGCCCCCACACUCCAGCAAAUGUCUUCCCCCAAGCCAGCAGAGGAGAGGGCCCGGCAGCCUAGCCCACUUCUCGAUGACUGCAAGGCCAGGGGGACCCCCGAAGAUGGGGCUCGUGAAGGCAGCCCCCUGGAGGAGAAAGCCAGCCCCCCCACCGAAACCGACCUCCAAAGCCAGGCUUGCCAAGGAGUGUCGACCCAGGAAAGCUCCAGAUACAUGGAAAUGAAAUCUCUGGACGUGAGGUCACCGGAGUACCCUGAAGUGGAACUGAAACAGCCCCUUUCUCUGCCUUCCUGGGAACCAGAGGAUGUGUUCAGUGAACUGAGCAUUCCUCUAGGGGUAGAGUUCGUGGUGCCCAGGACUGGGUUUUACUGCAAGCUGUGUGGACUAUUCUACACAAGCGAGGAGGUGGCGAAGAUGAGCCACUGUCGCAGUGCUGUCCACUACAGGAACUUACAGAAGUACUUGUCCCAGCUGGCCGAGGAGGGCCUGAAGGAGACCGAGGGGGCAGGCAGCCCGAGGCCCGAGGACAGCGGAAUCGUGCCCAACUUUGAAAGGAAAAAGCUCUGACACACCUGCUGCUGCUGGAAGCCGGGAGAGGAGGGCCUGCGAGGUGGGGCCUUCCUGACCUCGGUGCAGGAACUGAAGCCCAAGAGGAAGGAAAACCAGGCAGGCCGCAUGGCCUGGGUUUGUUCUCAGAGACUCAUGAAAACGCCGUGAAGUGUCUCCUAGAGCUGUCACCCUGCUGUGUCCAGCCCCCUGAGGGUCGCCUCUCUCUGCCUGUUGUCUCUUUUGUUUCCUUCAAACCUUCAAUUUGCUUCUCUCUCUUCCUCCCCCUCCCUCCCUCUCUCCUCUUUCUGUGCCAAGGGUCAUUUCCAUUUCAUAAAAUCCAACUUCUCAGGGAUUUUCACAGUGUUCAAAUUCUUGAUGGGCUAGAACAGGUCAGGCCAGGCUGAGUCAUCCAAGGGAAAGAUUUCACGGAAACUCCUGGGUCAGGAACCACUUCAGUGAACCUGGAGCAGUUUCUCU